UAUAUUUUAUCCAAACUAAUCAACUGUUUCUUCUUCAUCCCGCCAGUGGUACUAUAAUCGUUUCCAAUGAAGCUCAAAUUCAAUAUCUGAUUUCGAGGCUUCAAAAAUGGCAGCCUUAUUAUCACUAAGUUCAUCUUUCAACUUCAUAAUUAAUGAAAACACUCCAAGAACACGAGCCAAAAGAGCUGCAGAAUUCAUCAAUCAGUACGACCCCAUCAAGCAGAAGCCUUUAAAUCCUGUAAAAAACACUAAACUCCACUCGAAUUCAUCAAUGGCGAAAACGAGUUUACUUCGACAGAUGGAACAUUUCAUUUCGUAUGUGGAAAGUGGGUCUGUUGAUAAUGCACUCCAACUGUUCGAUGAAAUGGAUAAGAGAAGUAGCUUUGUUUGGAAUCUUGUAAUUCGGGUGUUAACGAAUAAUGGGUUUUAUAAAGAAGCUCUCGAGUUGUAUUAUCGAAUGUCGGUCAAUGGCAUUCGAGCUGACAAAUUUACAUAUCCGUUUGUGGUAAAGGCGUGUGGUGGGUGUUUGGAUCUUGUUGAGGGGCAAAAGGUUCAUUCUAAGUUGUUUACGGUUGGGUUGGAUUUGGAUUUGCAUGUGUGUAACUCUCUUAUUAUAAUGUAUGCAAAGGUUGGGUGCAUUGAGUUUGCGGAGAAGGUGUUUGAUGAAAUGCCUGUGAGAGACUUGGUUUCGUGGAACUCGAUGAUUAAUGGGUAUAUCUUGGUUAACGAUGGGUUAAGCUCGUUGGAAUGUGUUUUUGAAAUGCAACAACACGGAAUCCAGCCUGACAGAUUCACAAUUGUAAGUGCUCUUCACGCGAGUUCUCUCGUGUGUUCUUUGACCAAAGGGAAGGAAAUUCACACGCUAGUAAUUAAAAGCAAGUUGGAAUGCAACGAAAGGGUUCAGACGUCACUAAUUGAUAUGUAUGGGAAAUGUGGCGGACUUUGUUAUGCGGAGAGGGUUUUAAACAUGAAUUCUUGCAUACAUGUUGCAGCUUGGAAUGCAAUGAUUCAUGGGUAUGCGUUAAAUGGUAAACCGUUUGAAUCAUUUUCUUGCUUCAGGAAGAUGCAAGAAAAUGGUCUCAAACCCGAUAACAUAUCACUGAUUAACUUGCUUCCCUCCUGUUCACAGAUAGGAUCGUUGUUCAGGAGUAAAACCGUCCAUGCUUAUGCAAUCAGAGUCGGGUUUCUUCCUCACAUUGUACUCGACACUGCUUUAAUAGAUAUGUAUGGAAAGUGUGGAGAACCGAGAUUGGCAAAACUAAUCUUUAAUCAAAUGCAUCAAAGAAAUUUAAUAUCAUAUAAUACUCUACUUUCUGCCCUUGGUCAAAACGGUGAAUAUAGAGACGCGCUAAAGUUCUUUUGUGAUAUGUGGAAUGAUGGUUUCAAACCCGAUGCUACGACGGUUAGUACCAUAUUGUCUGUGUAUUCUGAGGUAGCCCUUUUACGGGAAGGAAAGCAAAUCCAUGGGUAUGUUGUUAAAUCGGGCUUUUGUUCAAAUACGUUUGUUCUCAAUUCACUGACGUGUAUGUACUCAAAGUGCGGGGAUCUUGUUUCAGCUCGGGAAGUUUUCAAUGGGAUUUUAUUGAAGGAUGUUAUUUCAUGGAACACGAUUAUUAUGGCAUAUGCGAUUCACGGGUAUGGUGAAAUAUCAGUUAAUUUGUUCUCUGAGAUGAAGAAAACGGGCAUAAAGCCUAAUUCGAGCACUUUUGUUUCGGUUUUAACAUCUUGUAGUGUUUCGGGCAUGGUGGAAAAAGGAUGGAAUUACUUCACUAAAAUGAAAAGUGAAUACGGGAUUGAUCCGAGUAUAGAGCAUUAUGGUUGUAUGCUUGAUCUUCUUGCACGCGUUGGUGACCUCAAUAAAGCGAAAGAGCUAAUUACCAAAGUGCCCCUUGAGCCUACGUCUCGAAUAUGGGGAUCUUUGCUUGCUGCAAGUCGACAACACAAGGAUGUUGAACUUGCUGAAUUUGCUGCUAAGCAGAUUUUACGACUGGGACGUGAUAACACGGGGCUGUACGUUUUACUGUCAAACUUGUACGCUGAAACAGGGAGAUGGGAGGAUGUUAGACGGGUCAAAUCUAUUAUGGAAAGUCAACAGUUGAUGAAAACAGUUGGGUUGACCAUGGUUGAUGUCAAAGGUCAAACCUUUAAGUUCACAGAUCAAGAUAGAUCACAUGAACAUAGUCAUCUGAUAUAUGAUGUUUUAGAUGUAAUAUUAAAGAAUCCUUAUGGUAAUAAUGUGUUUAAAUUCAAGCCAGUUGACUUUUUGAAAAAAAGGUCAAAGUCAGCAGAUUGGCAUAGUGUGAGACUUGCGGUUUGCUUUGGGUUGAUCUCUAUGUCGAUUGGAACACCUGUUUUGGUUCGGAAAAAUGUUAGAAUUUGUGAAGAUUGUCAUGAUGCUAUGAAAAAGAUUUCGCUGAUAUGUCACAGAGAAAUAGUCGUCGGAGAUUCGAAGAUUUAUCACCAUUUUGAACACGGCCAAUGCUCGUGUCGUGAUUAUUGGUAAGAAAAUAAAUGAAAUGAAACGUUACGUAAAUGUGAUACCAGUUUGUAAAGUAUGGUUCCUGUGUCUCUAUGUAUAUGUUAUAUCAGAAGUUGAAUUGUUUUUAAUCAGUCUAAAGAUGCUUGCUUAAUACUACAAUUCAAUUUUGUCA